AUGGGUGUUGAUCAGGACAAAGUGGACAAGAUCCGUGCCUUUGCCGACAGGGGACGGAAUCUCGAGAAACAGUAUGGAGACAGUCCCCUGAGUCUAGACGCGAUUCAGCACUACAACCGGAGAUUAGACGACACAAUCCAGUCUUUACAAGAUCAUGUCAAGCGACAAGAAGACGCUCUCCGAAAGGCGAGUCACAUGGCCUCUAACUAUAUUAAAGGAUUCAUUACUAAUGUUGAUAUAGCUACUCGACAACAGCUCAAGGACGAGCAAGACGAUCUCGAAGAUGCAAAACGCAUUCACGAAGGUCUCAGAGCGCGCAUCCAACGAAUCAAAAGGGAACAGUCCGAAAACUCAACCAAGAGCCCCUCCGAACUGGCGGAUGACUUCGUCAAUGCAGAGCGCAAAAAAACUCGUGCAUUGAAAUCUUCAUCUUCAAAGUUGAGAAAGGAUCUGGAGCAGUUUAUAGAUGAGCAUCUUGCGUCGCAAUUGGCAGCGGAAGAUCUCGGUGGUCCUGUAGUGGGUGAUAUUAUGGAAGUGCCAGAUUCUACUCUGGAAGCUGGGUACACAGCUCAUGGGAAACCGAAGAAGCCGAAAUCGUCCUCGGCACAGAAUGAUGAUGACGAUGAUCCAAGACAGCAACGGAUAGAUAAUCUCCUUCGACGGCAGCGAGGAGAAGACGAUGAUGGAUCUAAUGCUGCUCCGAGGAAUAAAAGGGAAGCAGCGGCAGUAGCCAUGCGUGAGCUAAUAAACUCUCUAUUAGAAUCAGGAACAUCUUAUGUGGAACUGCCACGCGAAUCUGCGGCUUCGCGGUUUCUGGUCCGAGUUAAAGUUGCGCAACUUCAUCCGCGGGAUGCACGAAGGAUUCGUUUGAUUGAUUUUGGACGAUCUUUUGAGGAUUAG